AUGAUGUCCAUGAACAGCAAACAGCCUCAUUUUGCCAUGCAUCCCACCCUACCUGAGCACAAAUACCCCUCUCUACACUCCAGCUCGGAAGCAAUAAGAAGAGCAUGUCUACCAACUCCACCGUUGCAGAGCAAUAUCUUCGCCAGCCUCGAUGAGACCCUGCUGGCGCGGGCCGAGGCUCUGGCCGCCGUCGACAUCGCCGUCUCGCAGGGCAAGAGCCACCCGUUCAAGCCCGACGCCACGUACCACACCAUGAACAGCGUGCCCUGCACCUCCACCUCCACCGUGCCCCUAGCGCACCACCACCACCACCACCACCACCAUCACCAGGCGCUGGAGCCCGGCGACCUCCUCGACCACAUCACCUCCCCCUCCCUUGCGCUCAUGCCCGGCGGAGGCGCCGGCGGAGGCGCCGGCGGCGGCGGCCACGACGGGGCGGGCGGCGGCGGCGGCGGGGCCGGCGGCGGCGGGGGCGGCGGCGGCAGCGGCGGGGGCGGCGGCGGCCUCAUCUCCACUUCGGCCCACCCGCACUCGCACAUGCACGGCCUGGGCCACCUCUCGCACCCGGCCGCCAUGAACAUGCCGUCGGGGCUGCCGCACCCGGGGCUGGUGGCCGCGCACCACGGCGCCGCGGGGCAGGUGGCCUCGGCGGCGGCCGUGGUGGGGGCGGCCGGCCUGGCCUCCAUCUGCGACUCGGACACGGACCCGCGAGAGCUGGAGGCCUUCGCCGAGCGCUUCAAGCAGCGCCGCAUCAAGCUGGGGGUGACCCAGGCCGACGUGGGCUCGGCGCUGGCCAACCUGAAGAUCCCGGGCGUGGGCUCCCUCAGCCAGAGCACCAUCUGCCGAUUCGAGUCCCUCACCCUCUCCCACAACAACAUGAUCGCCCUCAAGCCCAUCCUGCAGGCCUGGCUGGAGGAGGCCGAGGGCGCCCAGCGGGAAAAAAUGAACAAGCCCGAGCUCUUCAAUGGGGGCGAGAAGAAGCGCAAGCGGACUUCCAUCGCCGCCCCGGAGAAGCGCUCGCUGGAGGCGUACUUCGCCGUCCAGCCCCGGCCCUCCUCCGAGAAGAUCGCCGCCAUCGCCGAGAAAUUGGACCUCAAAAAGAACGUGGUGCGGGUUUGGUUUUGCAACCAGAGACAGAAGCAGAAACGGAUGAAAUUUUCCGCCACCUAUUAG